CCAUCGGGUAAAGUUACAGUAGAAGAAUGUUCUUGGAUAGCGAGUUUAAUGUGUCUCGGCGCUUUGGUUGGAAAUUCAUUCUUUGGAACCAUUUCCAGUAAAUUUGGCCGAAAAAUUGGAAUGCUUUCCCUUACGCUUCCGACUAUUAUUGCUUGGACGCUUGUGAUAUUCGCUCAAAAUGUGUACUACCUUUAUGCUUCUCGAGCAAUUAAUGGAUUCGUUGGUGGAGGUGUGUUCGUGAUAAUACCAGUUUACUUAUCAGAAAUUGCAAGUGAUCGCGUAAGAGGAGCCCUGGGAUCAAUGUUGGUUUUAAGGGGCUAGUCUCACGAUAUGGAAACAACUAUGGAAACAUGAAAUGUUUACAGAGGAAUUUUGGAUACUGAUGUGACCACCCAUUGGAUAUAUAAAAUCUACGGAAACAUAACAUGUUUCCAUUCUAUGUUUUACCAAAUAUUUCAUGUGUUAUCUAUAGGUGGCGUUAUCAUUUAAAUUCUCAUUCUCAUCCUCAUCCUCAUCCUCAACAUUCAACCAUCAUUAUUAAGAACGCGUCGUUCUUUUGUUAGCUUGUGAUCGUCUGCAAUAUUCGCGAUAUUUAUAUCUUUUUUGUGUUUUGAUAAAAAAAAUGGAGAAAAAUAAUCAAAAAGAUAAAAGAAAGGUUUCGAGAACAUGGAAUAGAGAGGAGAUAAGGAAACUGAUUGAACUUUACGAAAUGAGAGUUGACCUUUGGAAUCCUUCUUCUCAAAAUUACAUGAAUCGAAAUAUUAAGCAAACACUGCUCUCAGAAAUUGCAAAUGAGCUGAACGUUAGUUCAAAAGACGUGUCCGCAAAAUGGCAUGCUUUAAGAACUCAGUUCAAUAGAGAGUGCAACAAAGAACGAACACUCAAAAGCGGCUCUGGAGCUGAUGAGGCUUACAUCUCGAAAUGGGAAUAUAAGUCUUCUUUGCGAUUCUUAAACGUGAAUACAAUGUCAGGGGCAACCGUAUCAACAUUGGACUUGAAUGAAUUGUCAUCCACUGGACCUAUCGAAAAAUUAGCUGAAUUCGAUAUCAAUGCUGCUAUCGUUUUGAGUUCCGAUUCGUCCGAUACUAAUGAUAAUCAAUAUGAUGUACCGUCUUGCUCAAAUAACAAACGGCGUAUUGAACAUUCGAGUAAGAGAAAAAAAUCCAACUCACAGUCAUCUGAUGAAAAUGUUUUAAUGCAAAAAGCAUUGGAAGUUAUGAGCCAUACAAACGACGAACUUGAUGUCUUCGGUCAAUUCAUUGCCAGUGAAAUGCGUCAAAUUAGCGACUUAUCAAAACGAAAUUCCGUUAAGCGUGAAAUUAUGGCUAUACUAAUGAACAGUGGUAAUGAUAUGCUGAUAACAACAACUCAAUUGCAGCCGUUUACGGUUUGCAACAAUAUAAGUCCUAUCGAUAUAACAAAUUCGGAUGAAAACAAAUUCCAAUAUUGUUUUGAAUAAAUAAAAUUGCGCGAUUGAGUUCGACCACGACCUUUCCCAUUUAAAAAGAUCCUAAAUAAGUACGACAUAUACAAACCAUUUCAACUUUUAUUUUGUUUAUAUUGUUUUUCAAAACCGAUGAGCCAUUUGCAAGUGUGUUCAAAAUGUAUUUACAUAGAAUGAUUGUUUACAGCCAAAUAAAAUUAUUUAUUCAACAUUAA